AUGAUUCCAAUAUCGCUGGCUCUCCGCCUCCUUUUGGGCGGCAGUCUACUGUUUGGCUUGGUUGCCUUUUUAUCGACACGAUUCGGAAAAAGGACACCAAAGUCAUGUCUUCCUCCAGGGCCCCCGGCAGAGCCUAUUAUUGGCCAUCUUCGCAUUAUUCCCGAGGACCAUCCGGAAUAUCAAUAUACAGAAUGGGGAAAGCAGUAUAACUCGGAUGUUCUGCAUCUCAAUGUCCUUGGGCGAUCAAUCAUCAUCCUGAACAGCGUCGAAGCCGCCCAUGACUUGCUCGACAAAAAAGGUCAGAACUAUGCUGACCGACCUCGAUUUGUUCUCUUCGAAGUCAUGGGAUGGGGCAUCACCCUGACUUUCCUGCGAUGGGGCCGCAAGUUCAAACUGCACCGGAAACUAAUGCAGAGUUCUUUCACGCCGUCGGCAUGUAAGCUCUACCGACCGAUCCAGGAGGAAGAAGCAAGAAAGGCAGCUGCAGAGAUCCUCGCCAGCCCGGGCGACUGGGAAUAUCUGUUAAGAAAGUUUUCCACAGCCGUGGUGCUGCGGAUCGGCUUUGGGCUCGGGAUCAGCAGAACGGAUGAUCAAUAUGUGAAAAUGGCCAUCGAUGCGGAAGAGGCCACAGGCAAUGGAGGCGUGCCGGCAGCUACCUUCGUGGACUUUUUCCCCGCCUUGCGGUUUGUUCCUGGUUGGCUGUUGCGGCUAGGACCUCUAGAACAUGCCAGACAGUCCAAAGCAUACAUUCAAAAGCUACACGACGCCCCUUGGGACUCGACCGAGCCGGAAAUCCGAAGCGGGAAAGCUAUUAUCCCUUCGUUCAUGCGCACCCAUUUGGAACGAUACAUAAGGAACGAAGAAACCGGCCAACCGAAUGAGGCGACUAUUGCCGACCUCAAGGGUGCCGCCGGGGCAAUCUCGAUAGCCGGAGGCAAUACUACGUGGUCGACGAUAGUGGUGUGCAUCAUGAACAUGCUUCUCCACCCAGAAGUGCAAAAGAAAGCUCAUGCCGAGAUUGAUACUGUGGUCGGCCACGAUCGACUACCUUGCUUCGAGGACCGGGAAAAGCUUCCAUACCUUGAAAACGUCAUUCAAGAAACGACCCGUUGGUGCCCGUUGUCUCCCGUCGGCGUCCCACAUGCCACUUUGGAGGACGAUACGUACAGAGGCAUGUUCAUUCCCAAGGGGAGCGUCGUCUACGCCAACGCCUACGCAAUGACCCACGAUGAACGGAAUUACAGCAAUCCGGACGUCUUCGACCCAGAUCGAUAUAUUCUCAAAGACCAAGGUGGUAAAGGUGAACCUUACCCCGAAGGUCCCUUUGGGUUUGGCCGCAGGAUAUGUCCUGGUCAAUACCUCGCCACAGCGGGCGUGUACAUUAUGAUCACAACUCUACUGGCCACCAUGGAGAUGCGGAAUCCAGUCGGUCCAGACGGGACAGAGAUUCUUCCAAGAAUCAAGUUCACAACUGGUCUUUCAAAUAAACCGGAACACUUCGACUGUAUUAUGACACCUCGCUCAGAGAAGGCCAAGCAGCUGCUUUUGCAGUAUUCAUGA